CGACAUUACGUUUUGAGGGUAUCUUCGAGUACUAUUUGCACUAUUACCCGUACGUACCAUUGGCUUUUCUGACUCAAGCGUUUUGUCAUCAUCGCCAAGCUUACAAGUCCUCCAUGUUUCUUCGAAGAACACCCAACCUAUACACUCGCAAAAACCGCACGGAAAUCAGUCAAUUCACCUUCCAACUGCGGAAAUUCUCCAACCCCGCUAUGGCUGACCCUAGGGCGAAACUUCAACCGGCUGCGAGAGUGGCUGAUAGAAGACAAGAUGUGUGGUAAGCAGACUGAUCGAGUACUGUCCCAAAUACCAGCGCUCGUCACACUUUUCCAUCUAUCAAAAAAUGGGUUGUUUUCUUUUCGUCAAAUGGACCAACAAUUUCAUCCUCGCUUGUCGCGGCUGCCAAUAAAUGGGACCCAGUUUUAACAUAUCGUAGGACCAUUGUGAACGAGGGUGCUGCCAACUCCCCCAUAAGGCCAAUUGUAAAUAUGGGUCAAGGAUUCUUUGGCUACAAUCCACCAGAAUUCAUCAUAAAUGCUGCCAAGGAGGCUCUGGAUAAGGUUGAAUGUAACCAAUAUUCGCCCACGAGGGGACGUCCUCGUCUAAAGAAGGCCAUUGCCGAUGCCUACUCGCCAUUAUGGGGAAGACAAUUGGAUCCGGAGACUGAAAUUACUAUUACCACUGGAGCAAAUGAAGGUGAGUUGACGAACUUGUUGGGUUGGUGAGAGAUAGUAAUCUCAUGGAAAAUAGGAAUGUUGAGUGCAUUUAUGGGAUUUCUCGAGAAAGAUGACGAAGUCAUUAUUUUCGAGCCAUUCUUUGACCAGUAAGUAACACUAAGAACUUGGUCUAUAAGACUUACUAACACCAAAAAGAUAUAUCUCCAACAUUGAAAUGCCCGGCGGAAAAAUCAAAUACGUGCCUCUCCAUCCACCCCCAGCUGGUUCAACCAAAAACACUUCAGCAGGAGAAUGGACAAUUGAUUUCAAAGAAUUCGAGGCAGCCAUCACUCCCAAAACCAAAAUGAUUGUUCUCAACACACCACACAAUCCCGUUGGUAAAGUCUUCUCCAAAGAAGAACUUCUUAAAAUUGGUGAUUUGUGUGUCAAGAACAACAUCAUCAUCCUCUCAGACGAAGUGUACGACCGACUCUACUACGUCCCGUUCACACGCAUAGCCAUACUAUCUCCUGAAAUCGAACGCCUCACCCUCACUGUCGGAUCAGCAGGAAAGAACUUCUACGCAACAGGCUGGCGAGUAGGCUGGCUCAUUGGACCCCCUCACUUAAUCAAAUACGUAGCAGCAGCCCACACACGAAUCUGUUACUCCUCCGUCUCACCUCUCCAAGAAGCUGCGGCCGUCGGAUUCGAGCAAGCGGAUGCCAACAACUUCUGGACCACCGCAAUCACCGAAAUGAAACAAAAAAUGGACUCCUUCAACCAAAUCUGGGCCGAACUAGACCUCCCCUUCUCCGACCCUGAAGGCGGUUAUUUCGUUCUGGUCAACAUGAAGAAAGUCAAGCUUCCAGCCGAUUACCCAUUCCCGGACCAUGUCAAGGAUCGACCGAGAGAUUUCAAACUUUGCUGGUUCUUGAUUCAGGAGGUUGGUGUGGCGGCUAUCCCUCCGACCGAGUUUUAUACGGAUGAUAAUGCGCAUAUUGGGGAGGACUGGAUGCGGUUUGCUGUUUGUAAGGAAGAUGAGGUUUUGGAAAGUGCGAAGGAGAGGUUGAGAGGGUUGAAGAAGUACAUUGAGCAUUAGAGUAGAAGAGUUGCCUAGUACAGUACUUGGCGUCUAGAUGAAGCUCUGUUAAUGACUUAAGAUUAUUUAGAGAUCUAUUUUCACGGUGUUAAGAUGCUAUGUGUAAGGUCGGUGAUAAAAUGUAC